AUUGACAUCAUACUUGAAAAUAUUCUAGAAUAUUCACUGCGGCCCUAGUUCCUUAAAAAUGGCAGACGAAUGGUUUGCAGGAUCUCGCCUUUUACAUCCUCUUGUAGCCGUCAUAAACCUACCUCUUGAUCAGGUCAAUUUCAUAUCAUGUCAGCUGGUAUCGUUGUUGCUGGCUUAUGUCUACAGAACAUCUUUUGCGGCCGAUAAAACCAGCCCCACUAUACGCCAUGCCAUCAGCUUCCCAAUUGGCCUUGCCAUGGCAUAUUUCUGCUUUGGAAAUCAAACUAUUCACCUACUUCUCCAAGCUGGAAUAUGUGUUGGUGUGAUGACUUACAUAAAGAGCAAAGAGAUGCCAUUCAUUGUACUUGUGAUAGCCAUGUCACACCUGUCCAUUAUGCACAUAUACAGGGUUUUAUUUGACUAUGGAAACUUUACACUUGAUAUUUCUGGUCCACUUAUGAUUCAAACACAGAAGUUGACUGUUCUUGCAUUUGAAUUGUAUGAUGGCAGAAGAGAGGAAAGUAAACUCAAACCAGAACAGAAAGAAAAACAAGUCAAGGCACUACCCAGUUUAUUAGAGGUGUGCGGCUAUUUAUUUAACUUCCACGGGAUACUUGUUGGCCCAAUGGUGUUCUUUACAGACUAUAUGGCAUUUAUAGAUGGCUCAAACUAUACCAAUGCUCAGAAAUCUCAAAUUGACUCUGAUAGGUCGGAAAGUACCCCCUCUCCAGGCAGCCAGGUCAUUAAGAAACUAGUCACUGCAAUAAUCUGUGCUCUCUGCUUCAUGUUCAUAUUACCAAUGUUUCCACCUGAUAGCUUGAUAACACCAGAGUUCCAAGCCAAACCUCUACUGAGUAAGCUGUUGUAUCUUUAUGUGUGUAUGGCUAUAGUAAGAACCAGAUACUACUUUGCCUGGAGUCUGACUGAGGCUAUUAAUACAAAUGCCGGUCUAGGAUUCAAUGGUUAUGAUGAAGCAGGUGAUGCAAAGUGGAACCUUGCAACUAAUGCCAACAUAGCAGGUGUAGAGCUGGGCACCAGUCUUAAAGUGAUUCUUGACAACUGGAACAUCACUACAACCCAGUGGCUGAGAUUUGUAGUUUAUGAGAGGGUCAAAGUCCAAAAGACGCUCCUAGUCUUUGCCGUCAGUGCAUUCUGGCAUGGCUUCUAUCCUGGCUAUUACUUCACAUUUGGCGGAGGAGCAUUCCUUAUCAUGGCAGCUAGAAAGAUACGACGAAUUGUCCGGCCACAAUUUCAGACUUCGGAAAGUCUGAAGGUUGUUUAUGACAUCAUCACACUGACUUUUGCUCAGUUGAGCUUGAGUUAUUGUGUAUUCUGUUUCCUAACAUUAGAGUUUUGGUCUACCAUGAACGUGUACAGGUCAUUGUACUUCUACAUGCACAUUGGCAGUCUGCUCGUCCUGUUAAUCUUACCAGCCAAGCCUGCCUCCAGACCACCAAAAGAUGGUGCCACUGUAGCAGAACCCGAGAAAAAGACCUCAUGAUGAUAGCCCCAAUAGGGAAAAACAUUCUAGGAUAUUAUCAAAUAAUAUGACCCUAUUGAAUUCUAAUAUUGUAUUGCAUUUCUAAAAAGAGAUGUUUGAAUGUUAUGUUUAAAUGGGUAUGUGUUUACCUAUAAAAUGCCCACUUCGUUUCAUACACAAAAAUUACAUGAGCCACAUACUGUUUAAAAUGUAUCAAUGUGCAUUUUUAUGUCACCACCAAAAGUGAUGACAUACUGUAUAGUUAUGGUCUCCAAUUUUUUUGUGACGGCAUUUGGCAUCUUUGCAUUGGGCGUCUGUCACAAAGGGUAGGUGGUGACAUUUUGCAUGUUAAUGCCUUGUAGCAUGCUCCAAUAAAAUGUCGACUUUGAAGAUUUGAACAGAAGAUUUUCAUGAUCAGUUGGCUUGGUAGAUCAGUUUGCACAUGGGCUGUCA